UCUGUUUCUAUAUCUUUCUAAUAUGGUAUCAGAGCUCUAAGCUCGUUCUUCCAUGACGAUCUCAACCUCUGAUUCAGUUUCUUCUCAAACCCCAAAAAUCACUUCCGCACCAAUCACCUUCAAUCAUCCUCUUCCUAUUAAGCUUGAUUUGCACAACUUUCUUCUGUGGAAACAUCAUGUCAGAUCUGUUAUCCGCGCUCACAAAUUGCUCAAAUUCAUUGAGCAACCUGAAAUUCCUGACAGAUUCAUAGCCGACGAGGAAGAAGGUACGAAAAUUGAGAAUGAUGCCUUACAUCAAUUGGGAGCAGCAAGAUCAGAUGCUGUUUUCAUGGCUCUUAGCGUCUCUCUCUGAAAAUAUGCACACUCGAGUGAUUCACUGUCAACAAUCGCAUCAACUCUGGAGCGAGAUCGACAAAUAUUUUCAGGCAACCAUUGUCGCUAGAGCUAGACAGCUCAAGUCCGAACUAUACUCAACCGGAAAAGGUGAUCGAUCCAUUUCCGAGUACCUUCUUCGCAUUCAACAUAUUGUUGAUAAUCUGAUGAACAUUGGCGAACCUAUUUCUACCAAGGAACAUGUCAACGUAAUUCUCGAAGGGCUUCCAGAGGAGUAUGAAUCACUUGUUUCCUCUGUGUCAUCUCGAAGCAUACUGGACCCUAUCACUAUUACAGAACUUGAAUCCCUAAUGCUAGCAACUCAGAGAUUCUUCUUCACAAACGCUGUUUUCUGCUAAUACAGCCAGUACUGAAGCUCCGCCUCCAAAUUCAGCAGUUAUUUCUUCAACACCUACAGAAAUUCCUUCUGCAAAUAUUGCUCAGUAUCAGAAUCAAUCUUCUAACCCUCCUUACAGGGGACGUGGUCGAGGAAACUCCAAUAGAGGACGUGGUGGCCGAUAUGGAGGUCGGAACACCAUUACCUGUUAAGUUUGUGGGAAGUCUGGUCAUAAUGCCCUAAACUGCUAUCAUAGGUAUAAUCCUGCAUAUGCUGCUCCUCUUCCAAACUACUCUAACCCUAAUCCUGCACCUCCAACUAUCUGGAAUCAACAAUCACCAUCCUCUUCUAUAAACACCUAUCCAAACCAACAAACUGUCUACUCUAACUACCCAAAUCAUAUAUGGAAUCAUCAAUCUCCUCAACUACCUUCCUUCAGACCACACGCCUACCCUUCAGAAUCUGCCAGCUACAAUCAACAACCUCUAAACCAUGUUCCAACUGCAACUGUGGCAUCUAUUCAUUCAUCUGUGCUUGGACGAGGGCCCUCAUCUCAGCAUUGGUUCCCUGAUUCAGGAGCCACUCAUCAUGUGACUGCAGACCCACUGAAUCUUCAACACAGUGAGCCCUAUGCUUCAACUGAUAAGCUUUUUAUGGGUUUCUAGGAAGGUUUUAUUGCAUGGAACCCUUGGUGAGGAUGGUCAUUACAAAUUUCAAAUCUCACCUGCUAUUGGUUCAUCCAAGUCUGUCCCAGUUCCAUACUCCUCUCAGUCUGCCAACAUGUCUUCCUGUUUAUCUACCUGUAAUCAGUCACUAUCAUGUAAUAAAUCUCAGUCUUAUAGUCAAACAUCUGAUUGUAAUGUGUGGCACUUAAGACUAGGACAUCCUCAUCUUGAGGCUUUGAAAUCUGUACUCAAAUAUUGUAAUAUUCCCACAAUUAAUAAAAAUCAUGUUGAG